GUAGUUGUAAGGGGCCUGAAAACGCUGCGCUCCGGCAGUUAGGCUAAUGGUUCCCACACGAACAUCAUAAGACAUAUGUUUGCAAAAAAAAAAAAGACAAUUACCCUUGCAUCACUUUUAAAGCUCUUUCGGGUUUGAAGCUUAAAAAAUUAGAUUUUUCAAAGUGUCGAGUUCUUAUUUCUUAUUCUUAACAAGUCACUUCAUUUGUUGGUUGGAUCUGCUUCAGAUUCUUGCGAUCUCAAGUUUGAGUGAGAAAACCUGUUGAAGACUAGGAAAAUCAGGUAAAGGACAAGAAUUUAGGAAUGGGGUUGCAAACUUCCUCUUUAAUAUUCGUCUAAAAUUGGCCAGGCAGAAGAGCUGGUUGUUGUUUGCUCUGAUGAUUCAGAAUGAAAAGGUGGUAUGGUGGCGUGUUGAUUGUAGUUCUUGCUAUAAUCUUGGUAUUCAAUUAUAGCCUUAGAGAAAGCCAGCCAAAAAGGCAGUCUGCCUAUGACUUUUUCAGAAACCAUCCAGCUGAAGAUUCUCACAGGAAGGAAAAUGAUUCCAUUAAAUCUCUCAAGGUAGAAGAGAAGAAACUACCCUUAAUAAAGAAGCCCAAACUUAUCGAUGUUGAAGGGCUCAAUGAUUUGUAUUCUCCAAGAAAUAUUUCUGAAAAGGAGUCAAAGGCCUUGCUCUUGUGGCCUUAUAUGCGCUUGCUAUUGUCAAGGUCUGAUGCUUUACCUGAAACUGGUCAAGGGAUUAAAGAGGCUGCUAUAGCAUGGAAAGAAUUAGUUGCUGUGAUUGAGGAAGAGAAAACCACCAACAACCGACUAAAAGAGAAAAAUUGCCCUUUCUCGGUUAGUAACCUUGGCAGUACAUCGUUCAGUGCUGGAAAUAUAUUUGAACUGCCUUGUGGUCUGGUUGAGGAUUCAUCCAUCACAGUAAUUGGCAUCCCUGAUGGGCGGAGUUUUGAAAUUGUAAUUUCAGGAUCAAACUUUUCCGGGGAACCAAAGCCUCCUGUUAUAUUGCAUUACAACAUCAGUGUUGCUGGGGAUAAUAUGACAGAAGAGCCAUUUAUAGUUCAAAAUACAUGGAGUAAUGAACUUGGUUGGGGAAAAGAGGAAAAGUGUCCUGCUCAUGUAUCUUCUAACUUAAAAGUUGAUGGACUUGGUCUUUGCAAUGAACAACUUGUCAGAAGCUCUAUGGAAGAAAAUCAGAAUGUAAGUCUUUCUAGUGGUGAUGCUUCCACAAAUGCUUCCCAGGGAAGCAGCCAUGCAAGUGCCAAUUUCCCAUUCAUUAAAGGGAACCCAUUCACUGCCACCUUAUGGGUUGGUUUAGAGGGGUUCCAUAUGACUGUAAAUGGAAGGCAUGAAACGUCAUUUGCAUACAGGGAGAAACUUGAACCAUGGUCAGUUAGUGGAGUCAAAGUGGCCGGUGGUUUGGACCUAUUAUCUGCCUUUGCAAAAGGCUUGCCUGUUCCUGAAGACCAUGAUUCAAUUGUUAAUUCCAAGCAUCUUAAAGCUCCUGCAAUUACUAGAAAAAGACUUCUAAUGUUGGUAGGGGUCUUCUCCACUGGAAAUAAUUUUGAGCGUCGUAUGGCAUUGAGAAGAUCUUGGAUGCAAUUUGAGGCUGUACGCUUGGGGGAUGUAGCAGUUCGGUUUUUCAUUGGCCUAAAUAAAAAUGGACAAGUCAACUUGGAGCUGUGGAAAGAAGCUCAAGCAUAUGGAGACAUCCAGUUUAUGCCCUUUGUUGAUUACUACGGUCUGAUCAGUCUGAAAACUAUUGCAAUUUGCAUUAUGGGGACUAAGAUUCUUCCUGCAAAAUAUAUCAUGAAAACAGAUGAUGAUGCCUUUGUCAGGAUUGAUGAGGUUCUCUCCAGCCUCAAGGGAAAGGCUUCAGAUGGCCUGUUAUAUGGCCUUAUAUCAUUCGAUUCAUCUCCUCAUAGGGAUAAAGACAGCAAAUGGUACAUCAGUGAUAAGGAAUGGCCACUUUCUUCAUAUCCACCAUGGGCCCAUGGUCCCGGUUAUAUUGUCUCUCAAGACAUUGCAAACUUCAUUGUCCAAGGGCACCAAGAAAGAGAACUCAAGCUUUUCAAGCUAGAAGAUGUUGCAAUGGGAAUUUGGAUUAAAGAAUUAAAAAAUAGUGGUCAAGAAGUGCAUUAUAUCACUGAUGAGAGAUUCUACAAUGCUGGAUGUGAGUCAGAUUACAUUCUUGCUCACUAUCAAGGACCGAGGAAGGUGUUAUGCCUUUGGGAAAAGUUGCAGAAAGAGCACCAGGCCAACUGUUGUGAGUAAUAAUUCAACCAUGCUCAACUCCAACAACGGCUUGAGACGUUUAACAUCGAAACCAAAGACAAACCUUUUUGGUGAUCAGUUCAUGUCACUAUGACAUUGAGACAACGCCACUAUGAGCUUUAAGCAAAGUGAAUCUCGGAUGGAGUCAGACUUAUGUCUCCUUGUGUAAUUACACCAAAUCAUUUGGUGUCAUUUUUUUUUGUUCAUUUCUUAUUCCUUACAAUUAUCGUCUGUGUUGGGUAACCAUAGAAAGAUGGGCUAUGGAACUGUGAUUUGUCCCUAUAGGAACUCAAAUCUGAAUGAUUUGUCCCUAUAGGAACUCAAAUCUGAAUGAUCAUUCAUAUGAACUCUUGAUCUAACCAAUUCUUUAUGCAACUAGUCUACAACUGGUCUUUGAUGGUGGAAUACGUUUUAUGUUGAUUUUACAAGUGUUCAUUACUGCAAGAGAAGAAGAGUAAAUGGUUGUGAUUUUUCUUAACAGCCUCCCAUUAAGUGGAAAGGCAGACAAUAAGACUAACAAGAUUGAACAACAACAAAUGUCUUUAUUUGAUAAAAGGGAAUGAGAGACUGAAAAUUUUUUUUUUUUUAAGCCAUUUGGCGGCAUGGCUGCUUGGUGUAACAGGGCCUGAGAUGAUGGCCACUAUACUAGUAUUUUUGAAGUUUGACUAUGACAAAUCCUCGACAUAGCUUUAUCCUUGGAAAAUAUCAAUCAUGUCUUGGCCAAAGAGCACCAUUGGCAUUGACUUCCGUCGCCGCACUUGAGAAUUGAUGAAGCAAAUCUCCAAAUGGGCUGUUGAGUUUGUAGCAUUCAAAUAUUGUUGAGAUAACUUCAAUCCACUAAAUUAAAUAAAGCACUCCAACUCCA